AUGGGCUCCGAUCCCCAGUAUGCGAAAUACCCUCUCCUUCCCAUUGCUCAACACAUCUUCACUCUUACCAACCCCUCUGCGCCGAAACCAGUCCAGCAAUUGUCUCUGAAGAGCCUCCAAGAUGCGAUCACCGAGCACAAGAUGGCACCGCUUUACCGGUAUUUGGCCCAUCCGACAGAAGGUAUCCUAAAUGAGAGCGGUGUCAGCUCCUCACAGUCAACCAAGCCUCUGGGACGCAAACCAAGCGCGGCUGGCCUGGUGGCAAGCAAGCACUCGAUACCCAAAGUUGAUCUGCCAUGGGACGAGUCUCUGUAUGAGAAGCUGAAGAAGGAGAACGACGAGGAGUUAGAAGGCUUCAAGAAGGAAGAGGAAGAGGCCGCAGAGAAGGCUGGAGAGACGGAAGUUCAAGCUGCAAGAGGGAAGCGGGCAGAGUUCUGGGCACGAGUCGGUGACAAGGAUCGUGCAAUUGCAGCGUAUGAGGAGGUUUUCGAGAAGACCGGAGUUCUGGGAACCAAGAUCGACAUUGUGCUUGCCAUUAUCCGGAUGGGACUCUUCUACGGAGACAAGAUGCUUGUUAAGAAGCAUGUCGAUCGGGCGAAGACACUGGUUGAGAGUGGUGGAGACUGGGAUCGCAGAAAUCGACUGAAGGCAUACCAAGGUCUUCAUCUCCUUACCGUCCGGUCAUACUCUGCGGCUGCUCCUCUCCUCCUCGACAGUCUUUCUACAUUUACUAGUUACGAACUGUGCAGCUACUCCUCGCUGGUCGUCUACUCAGUCUUGGCAGGAUCUGUGUCGCUUAAGCGUGUCGAUUUCAAGUCCAAGGUUGUUGAUGCGCCUGAAAUCAAGGCAAUUCUUGGUGAUGGAGAGGAUAAGCUUCUGGCUCUCUCCGGAGCUCUAUCUGCUGGUCCUGGUGCAGAUGAAGAGAUGAAGGAAGUUUCCUCGGCAACACCUGCCAAGACUGCCGUCAAUCUCACAACACUUGGAAGCGACCAACCUGAGGCUGAGGUUGCAGUUGACUUCUCGCCCUUGGCACAGCUGGUUGGCAGCUUGUACACUGGAAGCUACCGAUCAUUCUUCGGAGCUCUUGCAGCUGUUGAGGUCAACUUCCUCACCCAAGAUAGAUACCUUUACGAGCAUCGCGGAUGGUUCGUCCGAGAAAUGCGCCUUCGUGCUUACCAGCAAUUGCUGCAAAGCUACCGUGUCGUUGGUCUUGAGAGCAUGGCUAAUGACUUUGGUGUUUCUGUGGACUUCUUAGAUCGUGAUUUGGCCAAGUUCAUCGCCGCCGAACGAAUCCCAUGUACCAUUGAUCGUGUGACUGGAAAGGGCAUCAUCGAGACUAACCGCCCAGAUGAUAAGAACAAGCAAUAUACCGAUGUUGUCAAGCAAGGUGAUCAACUUAUUACGAAGCUCCAAAAGUACGGCCAGGCAGUCAGGCUGAGAGGCAGCGAGCGCGCAUAA